UAUUCUUCUCUUGCCUCCUCCUUUAUCUUCUCUAACAUCAAGCCUUUUUUUCCCCUUCCAUUUAUUUGAGAAAUUAGUCCCAAGGGGAAUUGAGUCUGCUAGAUUUUUGUUCAUGUGCGCAACUUGCCUUUGUCUUUGCUAGUUUUUUUUCUCUCCUUCUGCUAGAGUGGAUGGUUUGGUGCAAUUCCAUUCACUCCUCUCUCUUUACUUUUAAUUAUAAUUAUUCUUCUUUUUUUGAAUUUUAGAUCCAAAACCCACUUCCGUUUUGUUCUUCUUUUUCCUAGUAUUCUGUCAUCUACGAAGUUCAUAUUACGUAUUAGCUGCCCACCUAAUCUUGUGGUAUAUAUCAAGAGAUGCAUGUUAGUCUUUGAGUAGUUCUUUACAACCUAGAUCUCUUAAUUUCGAUCCUAUCAGCCCUUAGCUAGAUUCUAUCUUUUCACCCCCCUUUUUUUCCACUAAAAAAAGGGACUAAGCAUCAAGAUGAUGAAAGGGCUCAUAAUUCAGCAGCAACAAGUUGAAGAGAACAUGUCAAAUCUCACUUCAGCAGCUUCAGGAGAUCAAGCCUGCAGUGUCUCCUCCAAUCCAAACCCAGCUCCAGCAGCCAAAAAGAAAAGAAAUCUCCCAGGAAACCCAGACCCAGAUGCUGAAGUAAUAGCACUAUCUCCAAAAACCCUGAUGGCAACCAACAGAUUUGUGUGUGAGAUCUGCAACAAAGGAUUUCAAAGAGAUCAAAACCUGCAACUUCACAGAAGAGGCCAUAAUUUGCCAUGGAAAUUGAAGCAAAGGAGCAAUAAAGAAGUUAGAAAGAAGGUUUAUAUAUGUCCAGAGGUUUCUUGUGUUCACCAUGAUCCAUCAAGAGCUCUUGGAGAUCUCACUGGAAUCAAGAAGCACUUCAGUAGGAAACAUGGAGAAAAGAAGUGGAAAUGUGAGAAGUGCUCCAAGAAGUAUGCAGUUCAGAGUGAUUGGAAAGCUCACUCCAAGAUUUGUGGCACUAGAGAAUAUAGAUGUGACUGUGGCACUCUUUUUUCAAGGAGGGAUAGCUUUAUCACCCACAGAGCAUUCUGUGAUGCGUUAGCAGAAGAGAGUGCAAGAGCCAUUACAAACAAUCCUUUAGCCAAUCAUCAUCACCCUAUUCUCUUCUCUCAACCUCCACCUCCACAAACAACAAUUCAAACAUCAUCUCUUGAUCCAUCUCAUUACAACCAAUUCCCUCAAUUCCCUAAUUUGAUGAUGAUGAAGAGAGAAAGCAACCAAAAUGAGUUCCCAUCUUGGCUCUCUUGCCCUCAAAGCUCAUCUACAUCACUGAACCACUUGGACCUCAUUCAAGAAUACAACAACAAUUCACAAGAUCAAAACCCCGCUCAAUCUAUACCUCAAACUCUGCCUCCUCCUCCCAUUUCUAAUCCUCACAUGUCAGCAACUGCAUUGCUUCAAAAGGCAGCUCAAAUGGGUGCAACAAUGAGCAGGCCUUCAACCCAUCAAGCCCAAAUGGCACCAGCCCAUCACUCUCCUAACCCCAACAAUGCGGUCUCUUCCUCUAUGUUUGGCCUUGGCUUGAUGUCUUCGCACCAUCAAGAGAUGAUGAUGGCUAACGGGUUUGAUCCACAUGGUUCUUUUGGUGAGGCAAUGGAGAGCUUAGGGAGAGCUUCACAAGGUAAAGAGGAAGGAGGGAAUAUAAAUGGAGGAGGAGGGGGUGAGGAGAUGACUAGGGAUUUUCUUGGUCUUAGAGCAUUGCCUCACAGAGAUAUACUCAAUAUGGCUGGAUUGGAUCAUUGCAUGAGCUCUUCAUCCUCUUAUGAUCAAGCACAACAAGGCAAGAAACCAUGGAACUAAUGCUUUGAUGGUAAGGAUCAUGGCUUUUCUACUCUCUUGAUUCUUUUUUUCCAAAGGGAAAAAAAAGAAGGGAAAAUGAUGGUUAAGUUGAUAUUCUUUUGCUUGCAAGAAGAAGGCAAUGUUUCUCUCUCUACGGGAGGGAAGUUGGUUACCAGCAUCAAUAUUUUUGUGGGCAUAAGGUACUCACCCAUGAGGUGGAGAGACUUAUAUAUGUUACUUCGAAUUUAUUGUUGUAUUAAUGUCACAUUUUCAUUUGUAAUAAACUAUCUUAUGUUCUCUUAUUC